AAAACCCGUUGGUGAGUUGUAACUGCCGCGUUACGCAACCAGCAACUAAAAACAAAUUCAACUUCGUGUCCGAGAAAAGAGAAAAAAAGAAAAACUCCAAGCUGAAGAGUGAAAGAUCUGCUCCGGCUCUCGUCUUUGCUUCAUCUGGAAGCUUAUUCUCCUCGCUCGAUCCGAAGCAUCAGCGCCCACUAUCCUUCAGCCCAAGCACGGGUUUUAGGAUUAUGGAUCAAGAUGGGCAUGCUGUAGAAGUUACAGGUCUAUCUCCUAGUACUACAGAGAAGGAUCUCUAUGAUUUUUUCUCAUUCUCAGGUUCAAUUGAGCAUGUUGAAAUUGUCAGAUGCGGUGAUUAUGCAUGUACUGCAUAUGUGACUUUCAAGAAUGCAUAUUCUCAAGAAACUGCAGUGUUGCUCAGUGGUGCUACGAUUUUGGAAGAACGUGUAUGCAUAACACGCUGGGGGCACUAUAUAGAUGAAUUUGAUCUUUGGAACACGCCUUCAUUGAGAGUUGAAGAUGAAAGGGAAUCAACUCAUCCCCCAGAAAGAAGUCAGUAUGUUCCUAGCGCUGGAGAAGCAGUAAUAAUGGCUCAGGAAGUGGUAAAAAACAUGGUGGCUAAGGGGUAUGUGCUGGGAAAAGACACUUUGAGCAAGGCGAAAGCUUUUGAUGAGUCUCACCAAGUGACUGCAACAGCUGCAGCUAAGGUUGCCGAGUUCACAGAGAGAAUUGGUCUUGCUGAUAAAAUAUUUGCAGGCAUGGAAGCUAUGAAAUCUGUGGAUCAGAAGUACCAUGUAUCUGAUAUGACUAAAUCAGCUGUCUCAGCAACAGGUAGAACAGCUGUCGCAGCUGCAAGCACUGUGGUAAACAGCAGCUACUUCUCCAAGGGUGCUCUUUGGGUGUCGGGUGCUUUAAAUCGAGCGGCCAAAGCUGCUGCUGACAUAGGUGCCAGGGGUGUUCAACAAUGAGGAGUCUGUUCAACUUGGAGACAGUUUCUGAUACUGUAUAACAUAUGUAAAGAGUGUAACUAAUGAUAGUUUUAUACUUUUGUACAGUACAUGCUGGUUUAUUCAAGUAGGGAAAUAAACUUUGUUCAUAACA